AUAUGUGUGUUUAUAUGCGGCGCGCCGCCCACAAGACACUCCGGCUGGUGCUCGACGAGCCGCCGCCGGUCGCCGACACAGCGCGCUGCGACGGCCGCGGCGACGCCGAGCUCCGCCGGCUGCUUGUGCGAACAGGCGUGCUUCCCAAGGCGAGCGGCUCCGCCUACGUGGAGAUGGGCGAGACCAAGGUGCUGUGCGCCAUCUUUGGGCCGCAGCAGGCCGACGGCCACGACUUUCUCAGCCACGGGCGGCUCGAGUGCACCGUCAAGUUUUCCGCGUUUGCGCGCCGCACCACGGACCCGGCCGCCGCCACGACCGACGCGAGUGCCACUGCCGCUCUGUCGGCCUCGCUGUCGGCGGCGCUGAGCGGCUCGGUCCAGCUCGACCAGUACCCGAAGAGCCUCAUCUGCGUGCACGCCAUGGUGCUGCAGGACGGCGGCGGCGCGCUGCCCGCGCUCGUCUCGUGCGGCUCGGCCGCGCUGGCACACGCGCGGCUCAAGCUGUACGGCCUGGUCGCCGCCUGCGGCGCGGCCAUUCCUGACGAGGGCAGCGGUCGAGUGCUGCUCGACCCGUCCGCGAGCGAGGAGCGCGCCGCCAGCAGCCGGCUGGUUGCGGCCACCGUGCCGGAGCUGUCGCAUCUGCCGCUCCUCGAGCAGGAGGGGCGGGCGCAGUUCGAGGCGGUGGCGGCGGCGCUGCGGCACGCGCUCGGCGGCGCGGCGACCGUGCACGAGCGCAUGCGUGAGGCGCUGCUCGCGGAGGGACAGACGGCCUCCUCCGCACGCAAGCGGAGCCGCGGCGGGGGAGGGGCGGUUGACGCGGCGGCUUGAGACACACUGAGGUUUCGCUAUGGCGAUAUCAGCUUGACGCGAGACGGUACACGGAC